AUGGAAUUCACAACCGCCACUGCGUCGCCUCAGGCAGUGCCUUACAAGCAUGAUAUCAAGGGACCGAGCAACUCGGACAAUGCUCGAGAGGCUAAGCGGCCUCGUACCGCCGACGUCUUGCUAGAGGAGCAACUCCCCAACGGAAUUACUGAGACAGACGAACAACUCUCUGACGGAAUCGUUGAGACAGAGGAGCAACUCCCCGACGGAAUUAUUGAGACAGAGGAGGAAAAGCAGAAACAUUGGUUUGUCGGCAGCAUUGACCAAGGCACAACGUCAACCCGCUUCCUUAUCUUCAACGGCCACGGUGAGCCCGUUGCCAGCCAUCAGAUUGAGUUUGAGAACAAGUACCCCCACUCUGGGUGGCAUGAACAUGACCCUAUCGAGCUCCUCGAGUCUGUUGAGGUUUGCAUUGACAAAGCGGCCGAGAAGUUCGUGGCACAGGGCCACUCCCUGUCUGAGAUUCGAUCAAUCGGCAUCACCAACCAACGAGAGACUACUGUCCUUUGGGACAAGACCACCGGCGAACCCUUGUACAAUGCUGUUGUUUGGCCUGAUACCCGGACUACUUCGCUCGUCCGAGAGCUGAAGAGUCGGCCAGGGGCCGAGAAGCUUCAGGAGCUUUGCGGUCUCCCCCUAUCCACCUAUCCUUCCAGUGUCAAACUGCUCUGGGUUCUCCAGAAUGUCGACUCUGUGCGUAAGGCGUAUGAGGAAGGGCGCUUGUCAUUCGGUACAGUCGACUCAUGGCUCAUCUAUCGUCUCAACGGAGGCCAUGAUAGGGAGGGUGGUCCCAUCUACGUCACCGAUUCAACCAAUGCUAGCCGGACUAUGUUCAUGAACCUCCAUACCCUGGACUAUGACGACUCUCUCCUCUCAUUCUUUGAGAUUGAUCGUAACAAGCUUGGUCUGCCCAAGAUUGUUCCAUCAUCCCACGCCACUGCCUUUGGCUCACUGGCUCGUGGAUCCCUCAAGGGCACACCCAUUGCCGGCUGCUUGGGUGACCAGUCCUCAGCCCUCGUGGGCCAGUGUGGUUUCAGUCCAGGCCAGGCCAAGAAUACGUAUGGCACAGGCUGUUUCCUCCUCUACAAUGUAGGGCAUGAACCUGUCAUCUCCAAAAUGGGCCUGCUUGCCACGGUUGCGUAUGACUUUGGUCAGGGGCGGAAACCUGUUUACGCCCUUGAGGGUAGUAUCGCUGUAGCUGGGUCCGGGGUGAAAUUCCUCCAGAACAACCUCUCCAUCAUCAAGGCGUCCGCGGAGGUAGACGCUGUCGCCAAAACAGUCCCUGACAAUGGUGGUGUUGUCUUCGUCACUGCCUUUAGCGGACUCUUCGCUCCGUACUGGAUUGACGAUGCCAAGGGCACCCUCUUUGGUAUCACCCAGCACACAGAAAAGGGCCAUGUUGUUCGAGCGACACUCGAGGCAACUUGCCACCAGACAGCAGCAAUUCUAGACGCCAUGGCCGCCGAUUCUGGUCACGCUCUCGAGAAGUUGGCUGUAGAUGGUGGAAUGUCCAACUCGGACCUGUGUAUGCAGACCCAGGCUGACCUUAGCGGUAUUCCCGUCGAUCGACCCGCGAUGCGUGAGACAACGGCACUGGGCGCUGCUAUUGCGGCUGGACUGGCUACUGGUGUCUGGAACGAACUCGAUGAACUCCACCAAGUCAACAGCAAGGGCCGCAAAGUGUUCAGGCCUCAGCUUGAGGUUAGUCAGCGCAAGCGGAUGCGCAAAAGAUGGGAGCGGGCAGUAGAAAUGAGCAGGGGAUGGGUCCAGGACGACGAGGAGGAUUAA